AUGAACAGCACCGAAAUGAAGAAAGCAUUGUCAAUCGUAAGGAGAAAAUGCCAACAUAAGGAAGAUCUGAAGAAAGAUCAAGUGAAGGAAUGUCAAUGUAACAGAGAUGAGUUUAAGGAAGAAAUGAGGCAACAAUUUUCCGAAAUCAUGAAAGAAUUUUUCGAGUUUAAAAAGGAAGCCAAAUCACAAUAUUCCGACAUUAAAACAAAACUGAAUGAAUUAACUGGUUCGCAUUAG